AAGCACACACACUCACGUCUGCAAACACUGGACGCGGCGAACGGCUCACCAUCCAUCUCUCCGUGCAGACUCAUUCACCUCCACUCCACCUGCUCCACAUCACCGCUUCCACCACUUUACAUCACCACCACCACCACCGCCACCUGACAUCACCUCUGCCAUCACCUGCGCCACCUCCACCCGCUGACACCACCUCCACCACCUUCACCAUGAAACUUCAGCUGGUGGUCGCUCUGGGCCUGGUGGCGAUGGCCGCCGCGCGCCCCGACAAGAUCUUCGAGUUCGAGGGUGACGACGCCGAGCACGAGCAGGAGGGCGUGGCGGGGAAGGCAGUCACCGGCGAGUACAAGUGGGAGAGUCCUGAGGGCCUGGAGUUCUUUGUCAAGUACAUCGCGGACGACAAAGGUUACCGCGUGGUCGAAUCCAACGCAGUGCCGGUCGCCUUCGGUCGCAGCGCCACGGGGUUCCAGGCUGACCUUGACGGAGACGAGGACGAGGACGAGGACGAGUAAACAACGGAUAGAAGGGAGAGAGAAGGAGGAGGAGGAGGAGGAGGAGAAGUAGAAGGAGAGAAGGAAAGGAAUGUUAUAAGAAUGAAGGGAUGACGA